CUUGAGUCCUUGCCGCGUGCCAAACGUCCGAGGCAUGGUUUGUCUGCCGAGGAUGAGGAAGAUGAUAUGGGUGGUCUUGAGUCGUUGUAGCUGUAAGAUCAUACGUGCUCCAGUGCUUCAUAUUUAUUGCUUGUGAGCUAGUGUGGUUGUAGAACGUUCUCCUGUGCGUGAAAGCUUGGGAGAACUCGUUCUAGCUUAAUUUCUGCGUAAUGUGUGUCUCUAUCGAGAGCGAUUGCUUAUGCUUCUGAAUAAUGACUGUCAUAGAAAGAGUGCAUAUUUAGACAUUAAUGCCUUCUAGAAAAUGCUUCCUUUUACGUAUCACGCGAUAAGAUAAUGCUCUCGUGUUUAUGGUUUCUGAGUUAAUGAAUCUACGCUGUUUUUUCUAUUCAUCUAAUCGCCUAUACACCACAUCUUGCUUUUUGGUCAAUGUAUUACUGCGUGUCUGCGUAAGGUGGAUGACUGUGCUAGCCUACUUGUACCUUAUUCGCCAUCCAACUUUUUCACCAUGAAUCACAUUUAUGCACGAUACGCAUCAACUGCAGCUGAUCAUCAUUUAACCUUGUACAGAAAAAUUGCCCUAAUCUUUUUCGCGUUACCCACACUAAAUCCCCACUCAAAUUACGACCACAGACCUCCUAAUAUCCAAAGGCUGCCCGAUGUCUAUAACCUGUACAGAAAUAUGCUUUGGCC